UCAUAAUUAUCUAAUUGAAAAUUACAUUUACAGAUACGAAUACAAAUUAGACGAUUAAAAUUGCUCUCGUGAAAUGACGGAAAAAGAAAUUUCUUCCUGAAACAAAAAAAAAUUAUAGGAAACAGUGAAACAAGUGUAACAAAAAUAUGUAUGAUUUAUGAAUUAAGUACAUGAAAUAAAUUGAGUAAUGUGAUUUAUGGGAUUUAUUUAUGUGACACAAUGUCGUUGAAUUAAACAUUAAGUAUGUCGUUUCAAUAAAGAGCGCAAACAUCAAGAGACAGAUGAAGAAGGCGACAAAAACAAAGCAAAAGCUUUGCUGUGAUGUGCAUAACAUAGAAGGAAAAAAAAUUUCUUCGCAUGAAUAGUGAUAGACAAUAAUAAUAAAAUUUAUCACCCAAAACAACGCUUGUCAUAUCAAGGAUUGAACUAAUGAUGUCAUCAUUAACGAAAAUGAAUCCUAAAGAUGAGAAACAACAUGAUUAAUCAAUAUUCAAACGCAUACACAGAUGCGAGUGAAAAUGAGAAGAAUAUUUAACAUUAAUGACUAUUUCGAUAAUUAAACUUAAAAUUAGAUGGCUAUUCAACGAUGAAGUUACACGUUUGGAUACUUUUAUUGAUCAGUAUUUCAACUUUUAUAGAUGCAACGUCAAAUGAUUCGACAUCGGCAGCUGUUAAAUUUAUAUUGUCUCACUCAACAUUGACACGACGAGACAUUUCAACAGACUCCAGUGGCAUUUUGAUUAGAAAAAAUAUUUUAUCGUCAAACAUGUCAUCAGCUCUCACCGUAACGACUCCACAAUCAAUUCCACUCGUUUCGUCGACAACUGUACAAUAUUUUGGAAAUGUUCAUAAUCAGGAAUUUCGUAGAAACAAGUCUGUGUUAUUAGAACAGCCAUUGAAAGCAAAACGUUCGGCUAUGAAAGAGAAGACAAUGGCACCAGAAUGUGAGCUGUUCUCAAUUGGUAGUAAUGCAACUAAAACAUUUUCUAGUCCGGGAUAUCCGGAUCAUUAUACAAAGAACAUGAGCUGCGUUCGUGUGCUUGAAGCUCCCCCUGGCUACCUUUUAAGACUCGAUUUUCGUGAUCACUUUAACAUUGAGCCUUCGGAUGAUUGCAAAUUUGACUAUCUCGAGAUACGAGAUGGAGCGCAUGGAUUUUCUACAAAAAUAGGCCAAUAUUGUGGCCACAAUUUCCCUGAUAUCAUCACAUCUACAGGUCGUUUUCUAUGGCUUCACUUUCACUCGGACGAAAACAUUGAAUAUGAAGGCUUUAAAGCUGUUUAUGAAUAUAUUCCACGUCCAACUUCAGCUGUAUAUGACGACUUAGAAUGUGGUGAAACGUUAGGAGGAUUUGAAGGUUUUGUUAAUGAGACCUUAAUAAGCCAAGAAAAAUUAGAUGCUGUUGUUAAAAAUAAUUUGCCAUUAGAUUGUUUGUGGAUGAUACAAGUUGAAGAAGACUGGAAGAUCCAAUUAAGCUUUACGGACUUUAAACUCGAUAAACCGAACGAUUGUGACAGCAAUUUUGUUGAUGUUUUUGGUGAGAACACAGAUUUACCGUCAAGACUCAGAAACUUUUGCGGUUCAAUGGCUGACUCCAGUGUGCAGUCCAAAACGAAUAUUCUUCAUAUUCGGUAUUUCGCUGAAGCAGCGGCAAUCAAAUCAUCGUUUAAAAUUUUGUAUACAGCUUAUAGGGAUAAAGGCAAAGGUCAAUGUAGGGAAGACGAAUAUGAUUGUGAUGAUCACACGUGCAUAAAAAGCUAUUUGAGAUGCAAUCGCAGAAAUAAUUGUCGAUUACUAUGGGAUGAAGAUCCGACAAAAUGUGAAAAAAGUAAUGAAGAAUCCGAGCAUGUUUUCAUUAUUGUUGUAGUGUUCUGUGUCAUGUUGGCAGUCAUGUUGAUAGCAUUUAUCAUAAGCUGCAUGAGAAAAAUCUUGCGAGAUCAUAAGAUCAUUCGAGAGCAUAUCCGUCAAUCGCACGAAAGCAAGUUAGAUGAACUGGGACGACACUCAACAAAAUUGACCAAAUCGAAGGAAAAUAUUGCGAUGCACACUCUCACAAAAAUUCCACCUCCGUCGUUCGAUCCUGAUUCACCAACCUCAAUAAAUCUUAUUGAGAACAACUCAACAAACCACCAAUAUUAUCGUGAAGCGAUCACAAACACAAAUGGUGCUAGGAACAUAGAUAGUAAAAAUAACUUUAAUUUAAGGGAACAAGAGAUCAAAAAUAUUUUCGGAUCAUCAUAUGAAGAUGAUCGAAAAGAUGGCGAAAUGUGCGACAUGGCAUGUCAAACUCGAGAAUCACUUUUCCAACCGGUUUUCAAAAACAAAGUGACCCAGUCGCCAUCGCCAUAUGGAUUGCGCUUUUCAACAUUCGGAUAUUUAGACUCGUCGACGCCAUCACCACCUCCACCGCCUAAUAUAGAACAAACUAUACCCGGUGCUUCAUGUCCGACACAUAGUCAAUCUGGAAAAAGCACAAUGCCACACCAGCAUCAACAUCAUCAUCAUUAUCAUCACAUACAUUCAAGUACAAAUCAAUCAAGCCCAGAAGGAAUUGAUACCAGUGCCGUGGGUACAAAUGUUAGAAUGGAUGAGUUGCAGACAAUGUUAGAUGAUGAUAAACAUAAAAAGAUUUUACUGAAAAGGGAUGAUACACAGGGAAGAUCGUAUAGUGAUGUGAGAAAGUCAGCGCCUGAUGUUGUCAUUAUAGCUGGCUGCACAUCAUCGCACUGACAUUUCUAGAAGGAAAAAACUAUAACAACUAGUGACACAAACACACUUCUGAAUACAAUUUAUUGUUGGAGAAUCAUUAGAAACAUUAAUCAGUUCCAACUGCCUCCAUUUUAUCUUUUGUCAAUUUAUUUUUUCUUUGUUAAGUCAUGAGCUAAUUAUCAUUGUUAAAUGGAUACAUCGGUUAAGUCUGUUGUUUAUUUUAUCUUAAAACAAAAAUGAAAUAACAACAUUUAGGACAAAUUUAUUUGUUUAACUAAUUUAAAUUAUUUUAUGCGAGAGUGAAUCGGAAGACGUUACAUGAAUAUCAAAAAAAUUAAAUAAAGUACUUAG